AUGUAUGUUUCUGUGCUGCUAAAUUUUCAUGCCGCCUCUUCUGCAUUUCCACGGGAGCAUAUUCGUUUUCUUCAUAGCUGGGCAAUUGUGAGUUCAGUUGUCUCACGGUGCGAAUGCGACGUGGAGUGCAGAUAUGAGCGUGAAUUUCUAUUACAUACUUUACCUGGCGCCCGAUGUAAUCAGAAGUUUGGCAACUCCGACAGUGGCAUUCUGCUCAGUCCGGGGUAUCCAGUCGGUUACGGCGAAAAUGAGUUUUGUAACUACGCUGUCAAAGUGAUUUCAGAUGACCAGAUUGGUUUGUUUUUCAUGGAAGCUAAUCUAAACGAAGACUAUCAAGAGUCUGAGAAUUAUAUCCUACUAUUUGAUGGUCCGGAUUGCAUGUCUCCUGUCAUGGGGAAGGUGGUUAACGACCAUUUCAGAUUGUAUUACACUACAGGAAACCAACUGACCCUCCUGUUUAUUUCUGGUCGCCAGUCCCAAGGUCACCGAUUCCAAGCCACAUAUUUUGCAGGCAAGUGGUUCAAUUUUCUGCUUUUAUGCACCGAGAAGCUUAUCUUUUUCACAAUUCCUACUUGUGAUUAG